AUGGACGUCGCGCCCGCCAAUCCUCUGGGACAGUGGAUUUCGUGGGCCCUACGCUCCUGUGGUGCCACUCGUCCGGUUAAUGAAGAUACUCUUCCUACUUGGGAAAGCGUGGCGGAGUACGAUGAGGCCGGGCACACCAUGAGGCCGUCGAGGGUAGUGUCGUCGGUUUUCCAGUCCAUGGCCGAGGAAGACCCUGCCGCGACGAGCACUUUCUACUCAACCUCCUCUCCCGGUGCCACGUCUGUCCCCCGUUCGAUGUCCGCAUCUGCUUGUGCGGCUGCCGCUGCUUUUGCGGCGGCCUCCGCUUCUGCUUCUGCCUCCGCUUCUGGCAUUGGAGUGUCUCGCUCGGUUGCUACCGGCGCCACUUCACCACCCCCUAUGUCGGCCACAGUCAACCCCACUGCCGCUAGUGGACACGGAGGCGUUGACCAAGCAAGGGACAUCGAGGCCGGGGUGGACAACGUGGUUGACAAGGCGGCCGACGAACCGGAGGAGAUGAAGGCCGGCAGCAUUUUGGACAUGAAGAAUGAGAUCAACGACAACGGUGGAGCGGCGGUAAUGAUGGGGUCUGUCAUUGGUCAAGACGAGGAGGUUGAGGAGGCGUCCUUCAUGCCUCCAGCAUUCCGCCGCAGCGACGACAACGCCAUGCGGAAGUGGGAGGCAAGAGACGUCGCGAUGAAGGUCAUCGAUGCCGAGAUUGGCGGUGGCACGUUCGCCAGGGUCGUAUUUGGUCAGACCAGCAUGGGCAUGCCUGUGGCCAUCAAGGUCAUCAACAGGGACAGCGACGCCUUUGGAAGCCAGGACAAGUACAUCAACCGCGAGAUCCAGACCCUGACCAUGGCCGCACACCACCCGAACGUGGUGGACAUCCUCGGCACCCUUAAGACUCCCAGCACCACCUUCAUGAUCAUGCCCCUUCUGCACUCGGACGUCGCGACUCUCCUGAAGGAGAAGCCCCUGCAAGAGAAGGAGGCCGUGACGAUCUCCAUCCAGAUGUUCUCCGCAAUCGAGCACGUACACAGCAAGGGCAUCCUGCACCGAGACCUGAAGCCGGCCAACUUGCUGAUCACUAACGACAUGCAAGUUCGCCUCGCUGACUUCGGGUUCUCGAAGAUGCUGGCGGAGGGAGAGACCACCAUGACCGGGCUAUGUGGUACCAAGCCCUACCUAUCUCCAGAGCAGGUGAACAAAUUGCCCUACGGGAUUGAGGCGGACAUGUGGGCUGCCGGGGUGGUGGUGUUCGAGCUACUCAUGGGUGUCACGGUCUUCUGCCCGGACCCCAGCAUCGACCUGGGACCGAUCUCUAAGGACAUCUCGAGCCUCGAGGAGGGGGGGGACAUCCGAAUGAGGCUAGACCCGUACGAUGAGUUGGAGAGGGAGAACAUCCGAGCUGGGGUCUUCAAGGUGGACUCUGAGCGCGUCGGAGCGGUGGGAGAGGACUUCUUGAGGAAGCUAAUCGUCCUCGACCCGGCGGAGAGGAUGUCCGCACGACAGGCGGGAGAGCACCCGUGGCUCGGAGACGAGGGCGCGGUGAUGCUCAAGAGGGCUGAAGUGGAGGCGGUUUUGAAGGAAGCGCAAGAGACAGAGCAGGCUGAGAAGAACGAGAGGAUGAAAUUUCUCAGGAGCAAGAGGCGGCGCCGGGUGCCAAAGAUGGCGAGAGCGGCUAGGGGUCUUGCUCCCGUUGCGGAGGGAGCACUGCAGCCGGCUUCGAGCACCGCGAGCGCCGUGUCCAUGCUCACCUCGGCAAGUGUGGGAGCAGCGACUGGGGCGGGGGCGGAUGUUCCUCGUGCGAUGAUGGUGGCCGAGUCCGGGUCCACGGCGGUGCGGUCGAGCGAGGGAGAAGCAUGUGGUUCGGGCGCGGGUGUGGUGCAAGCCCCGAUCGGCCAGGAGCUGUGAGGGUAGAUUGUGGUCAAACCCCCGCGACGCUGCAACACCGUGGGACAUGACGUUCCAUCGUCUGCUGUGCGUGUACUGUAAAGGGGGUGGGGCUCCGUCCGUCUCAAGAUAUGCACGAAAUGAUUCUUGUCUGCCUUGGGGGUGGUGCCAUAUAGCUAUUGACGCUCACCAUCAACUUUCACACUGUCCCGGGUGACAUUGUUCCGCGCUUGUACUAUCCGGCGAAGUGCCGCAAUGCCAGCGUCCUAGUACCGCAGCCUGGGUUUGAACAAUUAGUUAAUUGUGUUGGUGAGACUUGUUCUGUGACUUCAUUGUUGGGGCAAAGACGGAGGCAUCUUGACGAACGACUCAUCACGAAGGCCCUGAGGUGUGCCCGUUGGUGCUGAAGCGGCGUAGCCAGGCGGGCUGACAACCCGCCUAUGCUGUUCUGCUGCUGGUCCAUUUGUGGUUACUUGCGUCCCGGUCGUGUCACCCGCUUAUGGUGAAAACAUGUAGGUGCCCUGCUACACACUGUUGUACGUAUGUAAUACUUGGUACAAACCCGUUUCGGAAGGAGGGAAAAUUAGGGGAGGGAAAACAAAAGAAGGAAACGUUUGGGGGCUCUACAUGCUUCGAAUACGGUCGG